GUGAGGUGAUGUGGCAUCCCUCUUUCUCCUCUCCUCUGGAGGGACAGUUUGACCUGUGUGUUCACCAGGGAAACACCGCACAGCUACGAUGUCUGGCCAAGCUUGGUUCAUCCAGUGUGCAGCUGUCUGAGAAACAUCUGGUGUUUGGAUCAGUACCUCUCAUCUUCCCCUCCGUCAGGACCGCAACGCUACACAACACAGGACACAACCAUGCCUACUUCCAGGUGUUGGACGUGUACCCCCUGCCUGGCAUGGUGGUGACCCCCACCGAGGGUGUGGUACCUGUGGGGGGGCAGGCAGAGGUCCAGGUGCACCUCAACCCCGGAGCUGUCAUGAAGUUUGACACCAGAGUGGAGAUACUCCUGUCGCCCACUCUCAGCUAUGAUGUGGGCGUGGACCCGAGGGUCAACACUGGGGACCCAGCCUCUAAGAUAAUGAUCUGCCCACUGUCUGUACUGGGUCUGAAGUUCAGAUGUCUGCAGAUGACACAGCGCUAUAUCUGCAUGCAACGAGCAAAACAACAGGCUGCACUAAAGGACACGGCUGUAACGGUCCAGGUUACAAAGUGGCUUCAGUGA